AUGUCGAAACCUAACAAGCUAACUCGCUUCCUUGAUUCAGGUAUCUACGAAUCCGAAGAUUCGACAUGGCUAUUCUUAGACCCGGUUCGUUUAAUAAACCGUUCCUACACUCGGUUUAGGGUUUCACCUUCUUCUUACUACUCUCGUUUCUUCAACUCAAAGCAACUCAAUUCACAACAACCAAACGAACCUAAUUCGAGAAAGCGUAAACGGAAUAAGCAGAAAAACGCUAGCUUUCACGUUCCUAGUGCAGGAGAGGAAGCUUUUAAUCUUCGUCAUCAGGAGGCGAGGCUGUUUUUAUCUGAAGCGUAUGAAUCGCUUUUAAGGGAAACAGAGUUGUUGAGUUUAGUAAAGGGUUUAAGUGAUGAUGGUUUGUUGAGGAGUAAGUGUUGUGAUGGUGAUGAAGUGUCUUUUGUUGAGCUUGGAGGUGUGUGGCAAGCUCCUUUGUAUGAGAUAACACUGAGUUUGAAUCUACAUUGUGAUGAUGAUAAAGGUUUUGUCUUUAUCUGA